AUGCGCUGGUCAACGUGCCUUACCAGCGCCCUCCUCGCGUCCACAGCACCGCUGGUCGCUGCAACCAGACUCAUUGAAUCAAAUGCUCUGAAUAUCUGCCAGGAUAGCAACAAUUUUACUGCCACCUACUUCAGCGUCCGCUUCACUCCCGAGAAUCGUUCUUUGGUUCUGAGUUUCGAUGGCGUGGCCGCCAUCUCCGGCAAAGUCACUGCCGAUCUUUCCGUCGACGUCUAUGGCUACCAGUUGACUGGUGAGACGUUGGAUCCAUGUAAAAUGAAUAUAGAGGGUCUCUGUCCGAUGAGCGCGGGUGCCAUCAACGUUCAGAACACCCCAAUCCAGAUUCCGGAAGAUGUGGUGCGCCGGAUCCCGGGUAUCGCAUACACUGUGCCAGACCUUGAUGCCACCGUUCGGGUUUACAUCAACUCCACAGAUACCGGCACCAGUAUUACAUGUCUCGAAGCGACCUUGUCGAAUGGAAAAACGGUCUACCAGAAAGGAGUCGGAUGGACGACAGCGGUGAUCUCCGGCGUCGGGCUUAUCGCUUCAGCUGUCGCAGCUGGUCUGGGCAACUCGAACACUGCUGCCCAUGUCGCCGCUAACGUGCUGGCCUUUUUCAGCUUCAUGCAAUCACAGGCCAUGUUUGGGAUGAUCUCAGUCCACAUGCCCCCGAUCGUGGAAGCAUGGACCCAGAACAUGCAAUGGAGCAUGGGCAUCAUCCACGUUAAGUUCUUGGAUACCAUUUGCACCUGGUACCAGAGGGCAACCGGUGGUACGCCGUCGACUGUUUUGUCGGAGCUCUCGACUACGUCUGUUGAAGUUCUCAAAAAGCGAUCUUUGGACAGCGUUACCAAUGUGUUCAAAAGACAAUAUGCCCAGUCGGAGACCGCCACUACUGGUACCACAGAGGUGCGGGGUAUCGAUCGUGUGGGAUUCAGGGCCGGCAUUGAGGGCACCAACAUCUUCCUCAACGGCUUCAUCUUCUUUGUCUUUUUCGUCGCGGUGGUGAUGAUCAUCGUCGGCUUGCUCAAGGUGGGAAGCCGCUUCCUGGCGAAGAAGGGAAAGACCAAAACCGACAAGUUUGGAGAUUUUCAUGUGUCCAAGGGAAUCCUUUACCGACUCAUUUUCAUCGGAUUUCCGCAAAUGUGUGUUCUUUGUCUGUGGGAAUUUACGCAGCAUGAUUCGGCAGCCGAAGUCGUCCUGGCGGUGGUUAUGCUAGUUUCCAUGAUCUGCACGCUAGGCUGGGCUGCCUUCCGAGUCAUCAUCCUCGCGCGGAGGUCGGUAGCAAUGCAUCGAAACCCAGCCUAUAUCCUCUACUCAGACGAAGCCUGUUUGAACAAGUUGGGAUUUCUAUAUGUGCAUUACCGAGCCACCGCCUACUACUUCCUCGUGUUCGCGCUGUUGUACAUCUUCAUCAAGGCAAUGUUCAUCAGUCUGAGCCAACCGGCCCCAGUUGUGCAGACAGUGGCCAUGGUGAUUAUCGAGACCUCGGCGCUUAUUGGGAUUAGUAUCGUGCGCCCGUGGAUGGACAAAAAGACCAAUGGCUACAACAUUGCCAUCGCAUCCAUCAACUUCGUGAAUUCCAUUCUGUUGCUUUUCUUUUCCAACGUCUUCGACCAGCCCGGCAUCGUGACCGGUGUGAUGGGUGUCGUUUUCUUUGUGUACAAUGCCGCCUUUGCACUGAUUCUGCUCUUCCUUGUUCUUUACAGUUCUGUGUACGCCAUCUUCUCGAAGGAUCCGGACUUGCGCUAUCGACCGAUGCGGGACGACCGCGGAUCUUUUGCCAAGUCGGGGAGCCAGUUGAUCACAGAGCUCGAUGCACUGGGUACGACUGCUCGGGGAGAGGGGACUCCGGAAAUGUGGAACAAAGGCAGUCUACUUGAUGACACUGGAUCUGUUGCCAGCGAGGGGCUGCAUCGAAGUCACCAAGAUCUGGCCCGGGACACUGCUCCUGGUCGUGAAAUGUCUGAGACGCCCGUCAGCCAGGCGAAUUUGUUUCCCAUCAGCCGAGGGAGCAGCCCUGUUCAUAGAGCGGCGUCACUGAAUGCCGCGGGUGUGCGUCGCAGUGUGUUGAGUGACAGCGAUAAUGCAUCUGCGACUCAUCCGCAUGCAAACCUAUGA